AUGUGGAACGAAUUCUAUGUGAAACGAACAAUUGAAAAAGCAGCAAUUCAUGAUAGUGAUCUAGAACCUUUUGCAAUUCAAAAAGCAAGAGAACUGGAUUGGGAUAAUUUCGAAGCAAGUGAACCAUUUAUUAGGAGAUUCAAUAGAGAACAUCAUAUUUCAUCAAGAAGGUACAACAAACUUGUUACACGGAUAUCUUCAAGAAGAAAACCUUGUAGUUUGAAAGAUGCUCACGUUUGGAUCAACAAUCAAAGAUCUCUAAUUUUGAAUUAUUCUCCUUUUCAAAUUUUAAAUAGUGACCAUUGUUCAUUUCAACAAGAGUAUAUAUCUCCAAGAACUCUUUCUUUUACUGGUGAAAGAACAACUGAAGUUGUUGUUAAAAGAAAGAAUAAUCUAACGCAUUCCUAUACGGCGCAGCCUAUUACAUCGGCUGAUGGCCAAUUAUUAGAUAAAUUCUUUCUUAUUCUCCAAGAAAAAGAAAAUGAAUUCGGCACAAGAGUACAAAGGGAUUUAAUCGUACCAGUAAAUGUUGUUGUACGAGCUUCAAAAUCUGGAAAAAGUAGUGAUGAAAAACAUCGCAUAUUUUUGAAUGAAGUUCUACGUCCUUUGAUCGGUAGAAAAUUCCUUCUUUUCCUUGAUUGUUGGAUAACUCAAACUGAUCUAAAAAAAUUUAGAGCAGUAUUUCCACAUCAAGACAGUCAAUUAUUAAUUUUUCCUUACGGAUCUACUGGCCUUAUUCAACCGCAAGAUCUAUCAUUAUUUCGUUCGUGA